AUGGCUAAGCCUAUCGUGCUUCACAUCGGCGACCCGAUCAAGUACAACCAACAGUUCUUUGAAAAUGAGUUCACCAAGCGAUUCGAUGUGAGACAUAAUGAAGACCUUGACAGAGCCUCAUUCAUACAAGCCCUAAAGAACAAGAAACAUGGCGACUUCUCGGCUAUAUUUCGACCACACUUCCAGACGGGUGGGGAGAUGGGUCAGUGGGACGAGGAGCUGAUAUCUCUCCUCCCUUCUUCGCUCCGGAUAUUUGCCUCAGCUGGUGCAGGGUACAACUGGGCAGACGUAGAUGCACUCGGUCGCCGCCAGAUAUGGUACGCAAAUGGAGCCGGAGCAUCUGACGAGGCCGUCUCAGACACUGGUCUCUACUUCAUCCUCUCUGUCUUCCGAAACUUCACCAGGUCGCAACUCGCUGCGCGGACGUGCGACCCGGAAAUAUUCAACGCCACGCACAAGGUUAUUGCUACAAUAUCAGCGAACCCUCGAGGCCACGUGCUUGGGAUUGUCGGCCUGGGAAACAUCAGCAAGAAGCUCGCCUACAAGGCGAAAACAGCGCUCGGGAUGAACAUCCACUACUACGAUGUCAUCAGAGCUACAGAAGAUGUAGAGAAGAGGCUGGAGGCCACUUUCCAUCCCACGCUCCACAGCCUGCUCGCCACAGCAGACUGUGUCAGCUUGCACACACCUUUGAACGCCCAUACGCAGGAUUUGAUCAACGACAACGAAUUUGCGGCUAUGAAGCAAGGCGCGAGGAUCAUCAAUACGGCCAGAGGCCAGGUGAUAAAUGAAGAGGCUCUGAUACGGGCCCUGAAGAGCGGCAAAGUAUCUGCAGCUGCUCUGGACGUCCAUUAUGAGGAGCCUCAAGUAUCGAAGGAGCUCGCUGCGAUGGAUAAUGUCACUUUGACUACUCAUAUCGGGGGAGGGGCAUUGAACACGAGGAUUAACUUCGAGUUGAAUGCUAUGAAGAAUAUCCUCAUGGUUGUAGGAGAGGAUGGGGCUUGUAUUGGCGAGCCUUCGACUCCUGUGAAUAGAGACGUUGUGAGAGCGUCGGCAGCCUAG